GGGGCGGGGCGUGCGCGGAGGCGCGGCAGUCGCGGGACGUUAAGCUGGGCCCGGUUGCGGGAGAGGAGCGUGGUGCGCCUGGUGUAGGGCCUGCUGCUCCGAGGCGGCGGCGGCGGCGGCGGCGGCGGUAUGCGCGUGUGAGAUGCGGCCGCGGGUAGCCCGGACGCGAGCGGCGGCCCCCGGGGCAGCGGCGAAAGUGAGCGCGGCCUCUUCAGAGAGAGGCGUGCAGUGCAUGAGGGCGAGCGCGUGGGCGCUGGGCAUCCGCCGGCCACGCCGUCUCCAUAAACACUUGUUUAGGACUUGUUCGCCUCGCUGAGGCUGCGGCGCCGGGCAUGGAGCCCCCGUCCGAACCCGAGCCCGAGCCCCAGCCCCUUGCAGAGGCCUCUGCCGCCGCUCCGCUGCGCGCACCAGAGGUGGCGCGGCUUCGCGAGGAGCUGGAAAAGGUGGUCACUAACUGCCAAGAGAAAAUCCAGCAUUGGGAGAAGGUAGACAAUGACUACAGUGCUCUUCAAGAGAGGCUGAGGACCUUGCCUGACAAGCUGUCUUACGACGUCAUGGUACCAUUCGGCCCUCUUGCCUUCAUGCCAGGAAAACUAGUCCACACUAAUGAAGUCACUGUUUUACUUGGCGACAACUGGUUUGCAAAGUGCUCAGCCAAGCAGGCUGUGGGUUUAGUUGAGCAUCGGAAAGAACAUGUAAGAAAAACAAUAGAUGAUUUUAAAAAAGUGUUGAAAAAUUUUGAAUCCAGAGUUGAAUUCACAGAAGAUUUGCAGAAGAUGAGUGAUGCUGCAGGUGAUUUUGUUGACAUAAGAGAAGAAAUUAAAAGUGACUUUGAAUUUAAAGGAAAACAACGAAUUGCUCACAAACCUCAUUCCAAACCAAAAACUUCAGAUAUUUUUGAAGCAGAUUUUGAAAAUGGUGUAAAAUCCAAGGAUACGUUUGACGCUGAUGAACUGUGGGCUCGACUUGAAGAGCUGGAGAGACAAGAAGAGCUGCUGGGUGAACUUGAAAGUAAACCUGAUACUGUGAUUGCAAAUGGAGAAGACACAGUGUCUUCUGAGGAGGAAAAGGAAGGUGAAGACACAAGUGUGAAUGUAGUGUCUCCAGUGGCAGACUCCUCUGCCUCCAGCAGCUGUAAAAGGCAUGCUGGAAAUGCAGGACUCCCUAAUGGUCAAAUCAAUAGUCUGAACUAUUCAGUGAAUGGCUCAAAUUCUUACCACAGCAACAAAGAUGAUGAUGAAGAAGAAGAAGAUGACGACGAUGAUGAAGAUGACGAUAAUGAAAGUGACCACGCUAUUUCAGCAGAUAAUUCUAUUCCAACAAUAUACUUCUCUCAUACAGUUGAACCUAAAAGGGUUCGAAUAAAUACUGGGAAAAAUACCACUUUAAAGUUCAGUGAGAAGAAAGAGGAAGCCAAACGGAAACGAAAGAGUGGGGCCGGCAGUCACGCUACCCACGAGCUGCCUGCGAUCAAGAGUCCUGCUGAUAUUUACAGAGUCUUCGUGGAUGUUGUGAAUGGAGAGUACGUUCCUCGGAAGUCAAUCCUCAAGUCUCGCAGCCGAGAGAACAGCGUGUGCAGUGACACGAGUGAGAGCAGUGCUGCGGAUGUGGAGGACCGGCGGGGGCUCCUGCGGAGCACCAGCUCUGAGGAGGCUGUGGCUACCGAGGCCGGCGGGAGCAGUUUGGACGAACUCCAAGAGAACCACCCCAAGAAGCCUUUGCCCUCAGGAGUGUCUGAGGCUUUUUCUGGAACUGUAAUAGAAAAAGAAUUUUUAUCACCCUCCCUAGCACCGCACUCAGCCAUUGCUCAUCACGCCCUCCCCACCAUUCCAGAGCGAAAAGAGGUUCCGUCAGAAGCAUCAGAGGAACCUACAAAGAGGGUGUCAAAGUUCAGAGCUGCCCGGCUGCAGCAGAGAAGCUAGAGGGCAUGGGCCCUGCCUGUAGCUCCAGCUGCGCUUUAGGACAUGCGGCAGAUUCGGCCAUGGAGUUGGGAAGGUGUCCUGCUCAGCUGGGCAGAGCUCUCUCACCUUCAUCAGUGGCAUUGGAAAGUCAAAGUAAAUGUUUGAAUGCUGUAAUGUUCUGCUGGCUUUGUUAAUUCUGUGACUACUGUCUAAUUGGCCUUAGGAUGCAGGAAUAGCAUUUUGAGUUACUUUUCAAAGAAUCCUGUCAUAUAUUGUUUGUGUGUUUUCAACUAAACACAGGCAGUUUCGUACCAGCUGUGAUGUUGUGCUUUCCAUAUGGACCAUGUUAAAGACACUUUUAAAAUCUCAAAUAGAUUCAACAAUUAUAUUACUUGCUUUUACAUUUUAAAGGCACUUUAAAAAAAUCUACAUUUCUUGUAGGUUUCACAGCUGUAUGGUUCUUUGAAAAAUUCUUCCUUUGAAUGUCAUACUGUAAUCUUUAAGGCAAAAAGCUACACAAACCCUUUGGGAAAAUUUGACUAGAAGAAGAAUAUUUUGUACAACUUUUUUUUGGAAGUAAAAUUUUUAUGAAACUUGGUUUCUAAAAUGUUGUGAACUUCCUGGUUUAGGUUGUGUAUAAAAUGUCUUUGAUUUGUGUAUAUGCUAUACAGGCCACACCACAGAUUUUCAGUUUUCAAGUCCCACAAGCACCUCCUCUCCCCAUACACACAGUUGUCAUUGGCACCAUCCAUUGGGGGAAAAAGUUUGUCUAGAUGCUUUAACAUUUUGUUAAAGCACAGGACUUUUGUUUGUUGGUUUGUUUUACAUUUCAGUCUUCCUCACAUCUUCAUUCUUCAAGGAUGCUUUGCUACCAGUAAAAAAAGAAAGAAAUAAAUAUUAUAUUAUAUUAUAUUUACUUGUAGCCAAACUCCUUAAAGAGACAUUCAGUCUCAGGUUGACCAUUACAGUGCAAGUGUUGAUCAUUAGCUUGAUGCAUGCUAAAAUGUAGCUUUUAAAAAGCAUUCCGCAUCAGUACUAAAAUAAGCCAUCAACCCCAGUCCACCCUCUAUUCACGGCUAAAUAGUUAAAGGUUAUUUAUAGCUUCUUUAAUGAAUUCUUGCUUAAACAAAGUGAAAUUAUGUCCUAGAAAAGUCGCAGCUGUAACUAGAGCAGUGCCACUGUCAGGGUUUUAUGAAAUACAUGCUUUAAUGGUAAAGUGGUAUGCUAGGGUCCAUGCUAGUUAAUGGAUAAUGCAGAACAGGGGACUGAAUCUGAAAGGCUGCCUAAAAGUAUAAUAGCUCAGUUUUUCUAGCCGUCGUUGAUCAUCUGUACACACAUUUUGUACUUAAAAACCACGUUUCUUUCCAAUCGCCUACUCUCAACCAGAGUACCCCAUCACGCCGACUCUAGGCGCGCCCUGCUCCUCCUCCCUAUGAGAGGCGUCCUGUGCUAACCUCCUCAUGCAAGCCUCCUGUGGGACUGUUGGAUCUUCAGAUGUGUAACUUAAGUGUGCUGUUAUUAAACACUUUCUAUGUUCAUGAACUUA